UUUCGAUCAACACCAUCAAACCCUUGAUAAAACCAAGGCCCUAUCCAUCAAACCAUUAUAAUCGUUCUAUAGCCGGUAUAAAGGGCAUUCCUAUUGCCAUUUAUAGUCACCGUGGCUAUAGCCUUGAUCAAGGCCGUAUGUUCUAACCAGUUCUAACUUAUAUGGCCUUAGUUUCUAUGGCCUUGGUUUCUAUGGCCUUGAUUAUAAUAGAGUCCUGUGAUCAACACGCAGUGUUUCUGCUGUUAUUUGGUCGCUUUUGACAUUGCCUUUCACACAGAUUUGAUUGAACCGUUUUUAGUCCUAUAAGGCACUGUAAUAGCAAUUGUACCCAAAAUUUAUAUAGCCUUGCCCAAGAUUGUACCUCAGGACUAGAGGAAGUCAGGACCCAAGUCUAUUGCACAGAAAUCUGAGGACGGACACGUUCAGCGCCUUGGGUUCAGCGUUUUUUCUGCACAUUGACAUCAGGAGCUGCUGCAAUGUUUUUUCACAUAUCGCUGGAGCAUGAGAUUCUUUUGCAUCCUCGCUACUUCGGACCACAACUGCUGGAGACUGUCAAACAAAAACUAUUUUCAGAGGUGGAAGGCACGUGCACGGGCAAGUACGGCUUUGUCAUCUCGGUGACGACGAUCGACAACAUCGGCGCCGGCCGCAUCCAGCCGGGCCGCGGCUUCGUCGUCUACCCGGUCAAGUACAAGGCCAUUGUGUUCAGACCGUUCAAAGGCGAGGUCCUCGAUGCAGUCGUCACACAGGUGAACAAGGUGGGCCUGUUCACGGAGAUCGGCCCGUUGAGCUGUUUCGUGUCGCGCCACUCGAUCCCCAGCGACAUGGUGUUCGACCCCAACUCGAACCCGCCCUGCUACAAGACCCAGGACGAGGAGGUCAUGAUCCAGCAAGACGACGAGAUCCGGCUAAAAAUCGUCGGCACGCGAGUGGACGCCAGCGACAUAUUCGCCAUCGGCACACUGAUGGACGACUACCUGGGCCUCAUCAGCUAGUGGGCGGCGCGCGGCGGUUCGGUCCGGCGGUUACAGCUCCGCUCCCCAGAUUCCGGAAUACCGCCGAGCUGGCGGCGGCUCAGAGGAACCGGCGGCCGGCCUCUGAGCGCCAUCGGAGAAGUAGUGGGACUCUCCGGUACCGGGCGGCAGUGCCAGCGCAGUGCCGGCCCUGCCGCUGAAUGCUACUCGUCGCUUGGGUGGUCGGCGCACCGAGUCUCAGUCGACUGCUGUUGGGCUGGGGACCUUAGGGCUCAUUCCGUGUUGUCAGUAUCAUCACCAUUUUGUUAAUGUGCAUCCUGUGAAACUAUCGGAUUCAUGGUAAUACACCCGUCCAGGAAAA